AUGUCAUCCCGAACAACCAUCUCACUUCACAGGACGCUUCUCUACCUCCUCUCUCUUUCCUCCAUAUCGUUUGCUACAGAGCAGGAUGUCCUCGAUGAUUCAGGCCGGGGUCUGUAUCCGUCGCAUGGCUCGCGCGUCCUGCUCACGAAAACGGUCUCAUACAAUCAUCAUGUCCCUGUGCCAACACGUGACACACCCAACACCCUCUCAACCUCAUCCGAACCCUCCCCCGUCUGCCCAUCCGACCAAAAACCCUGCCGCCACACCUGCAUCCCCUCCACCCAAGACUGCUGCUCCGCAGAUCAGCACUGCCUCCCAGGCGACUACUGCUACAUCCACUCCGGCUCCGUGCGGUGCUGUCCACAGGGCCUAUCCUGCUUCCAGAUAAGCGGGGACGUCUGCUUCGAGCAGACGGUAAUAUGGUACGAGGAGGUUCACAUCGUGAACGAAACCGAGGAUGACAGCGAUGGUGCUGGUGCUGGGGAGGCAGUGACCGUGACGUCGUGGGAACUGCUUGAGUCGGCGCGUCCCACGAGCUCGAGAAUCACCGUUACCGCUUCGUAUCCUGCUGAAGGACGAGCGGCGUUUACGAGUCUUAGCCAGAGGAUUGUGGAGGCUGCGGUCACGCCUGUGGCGCUGGCGCUGGCGCUCGAUGAGAUUCCGACGCGGACGGUUACGUUGAGGGGGCCUGGGCGUCCUACGCUGGAGGCGGAGGCGAUUCGUCCUGAUCUUUAG